AUGCCGCGAGCAGCGUCGGGGCUGCUGGCCCUGCAGAUCGGGGCGCGGCUCGGGACGUUUGUGCUGAACCAGGUGCUGGUGCGCACGGCGUCGCCGGCCGUAUUUGGUGCGGCGAAUGUGCAGCUGGAGCUGGUGCUGAGCACGGUGCUGGCGCUCUCGCGCGAGGGCACGCGAGCGCUGAUGCUGCGGCGCCAGGACGCGCUGCGACGUGGCGAUCCGAUGCUGCACAACCUGGCGCUCGUGCCGGUGUGGAUCGGCAGUGUGCUGUCGGUCGUGGUCGGGUGGGCGUAUGUCACGUACCUGGCGCCCGCGGCGCUGUGGGCGCAGAGCGGUGUGGCCGUGCCCGUGUCUGUCGCGCUGUACGGCCUCGGCGCGUGGCUGGAGCUGUGGGCCGAGCCGCUGCACACGUGUGCGCUUGGGCUGGAUGCGUACGUCUCGAUCCGCGUCGCAAUGGAGGCUGGCGGCCUCGCGGCGAAGGCCGUCGUGACCGCUGUCCUUCUCCAGCCUGCGUGCCUGGCGGCGAUGCAGCGCUGCGUGGCUGCGUACGUGGCGCUCUCGUCCGAGGCCUGUGCGUUGCUGGCGUUUGCGUGGGGCCGUGUGGCGUACGGCGCGAUGGUGCUGCUGGUCGGGGCCGUGUGCCUGCGUGGUCAUGCGCGGCGGUGGUGGUGGCCGACGAGCGCCGCGGCCGUGUGGGGCGACGCGCCGACGCGCGCGUUUCUGCGCGUCACGACGGGGCAGGCGGCGCUCAAGCUCGUGCUGACGGAAGGCGAAAAGCUCGCGGCUGCGCGGCUGACGACGCUCGACGAGCAGGGCGCGUAUGCGCUCGCGAGCAACUACGGCUCGCUCGUCGCACGUAUGCUGUUCCAGCCGCUGGAGGAGAGUGUGCGCCUGCGCCUCUCGCAGGGCGGCGAGGCGGCGGCGUGGAUGCGCACGCUGCUGCGCCUGCAUGUGCUGUUCGGCACGGGCUUGGUGGCGCUGGCGCCGCCCGUGGCGGCGCCGUUUCUGCGGCUCGUGGCCGGGCCGGCGUGGGCGCAUGCGGCCCCGAUUCUCGGUAUGUACUGCUGGUACGUGCCGGUGCUCGGCGUGAAUGGCGUCGUCGAGGCGUUUGUGCAGUCCGUGGCGCCGGCGCAUGUGCUGCGCGUGUACUCGUACGUGCUCGUGGCCGCGAGUGCGGUCAUGGUCGGUGUGCUGGCCUCGCCGGUGGCGGAGGCGCGUAUGGUCGUGGCGAAUAUUGCGAGUCUCAGCGUGCGGGCGCUGGCCUCGAGUGCGUAUGUCGCGCACGUGUCGCGGCGGCCGUGGGACGGCGUUGUGCCGCAUGGGUGGGUAUGGAGCGUGCUGGUCGCGUGUGGUGCGAUCGUGCGUGCGUAUCCCGCCUCGUGGGGCGUGUGCGCCGCGGCGUGCGUCGCCGCGGUCGUCGUGGGCGAGCGGCGUGCGCUGGCGCAAGCGCUGUGGAUGCUAUAG